AAGAGCCUGUGGCGUCAUCUCUGAGCGCCAGCACUAGCAGACAGAACUAGAAGCUGAGAAAAUGGCCGACGUGGUAAACGUUGGGGUGAAUCUUGACGCUUUCUCUCAUGCCAUCAGCGGCAUCCAGGCGCUGCGCUCCAGCGUGAGCCGCGUGUUCGAGUCCCUGAAGGACGGCAUGAAGAACCGUGAAACCCUGGAAGGCCGAGAGAAGCAGUUUAUAGCUGAGUUCCAGGACAAUCUGCAGGCAGUCAACAGAGACCUCAAUGAGUUGGAGCGUCUUAGCGGUCUGGUCGGUCGUCCCUCAGAGUCUCACCCUCUCCAUAACAGCGGCCUUCUCAGUCUGGAUCCAGUUCAGGACAAAACUCCGUUAUACUCGCAACUCCUUCAGGCCUACAAGUGGUCCAACAAGUUGCAGUACCAUGCUGGUUUGGCCUCCAGUUUGUUGAAUCAACAGUCACUCAAACGAUCGGCCAAUCAGAUGGGAGCUUCAGCCAAGAGACGACCUAAAGUCCAACCCAGUACUCUAGUACUACCUCCUCAGUAUGUGGAUGAUGUCAUCUCUCGGAUCGGCAGGAUGUUUCCUGAUAUGACCAUCGAGCUUUUCAGACCCAACGGGACAUCAGCUGUACUGCUGGUAACCCUGGGGAAGGUGCUGAAGGCGAUUGUCGUGAUGCGCUCACUGUUCAUCGACAGAACCGUUGUCCGAGGAUUCAACGAGAACGUUUACAAUGAGGACGGAAAGCUGGACAUCUGGACCAAGUCUCAGUAUCAGGUGUUCCAGAAGGUAACGGACCAUGCCACCACCGCCCUGCUGCACUACCAGCUGCCCCAGAUGCCCGACGUCGUGGUCCGAUCCUUCAUGACCUGGUUGCGGAGCUACAUUAAACUCUACCUGUCUGUCUCACCUGUCUGUCUCUCUAUAGACCUGGUUGCGGAGCUACAUUAAACUCUUCCAGUCUUCCUGUCAGCGCUGUGGUCGUUUCCUGCAGGAUGGACUUCCUCCAACGUGGAGGGACUUUAGGACCCUGGAGGCGUUUCACGACACCUGUCGCAUGUGAACAAACUGUUUAUCAGUUUAUGGACUUUAUGUGUUUUGUUUUUCUGUUUGUAUUUUCUGUAAAGAAGUUUGAAUAAAGUUUGAUUUCAUUUUUUA